GAGAGAGAGAGAGAGAGAGAGAAAGAGGCAAAAGAGAGAGCGGGCUUUGAGAGAACGAUUGACUUUUCUAAACACAACAUUUUCAGACUAUAUUCACAUAAGUACUGUAGAUUUCCAGCACUUAAAUUCAGACAGAAUGCAAUAACAAAAGUACACUUGACUUACCUUGAGAGACAGAGAAGACAUGAACAGAGUUAACAUGAGUGGUGUGCUCAUCUUCUUCAUGGUCGCCAUCACUGCUGUGCAGGGACAAAAAUCAGUGUGUGAGAACUGUGUUGAGCUGGAUGCGACUCUGGUUACCGGGGCUAUUUUUGGGGACCUGCUGGUGACAGGAGGGGUCAUCUUCAUUGUGUAUGGCUGGGCUCAGAAGAAGUCUGGACCUGCUGCACCCCAAAAACAGACGUACCGCUCAGCAGGCCGUGAUCCACCAGUGGUGCCAAGUCCUGACUAUGAGCCCCUUAGCGUGGCAACCUGCAGCAGAGAUAUCUACACUACCCACAGGACUGGGUAGACUAUCCUCUCACCAGACCACACCUGUUCUCUAGGACCCCUCUGAUGCCCUGGACCAGCAGGCCUCAGCUCACCCUGCCACCAAAGAGGAGGGGAGAAGGCUCUGUAGUUCUUAGCUUAGACUUAAAGAGCUUCUUAUUUGAGCUUGAUGUGUAAAAAAUUUGAUAUCAUGAUUUAGUUCAAACUAUAGUUCAGAAUUACUGCAACUAGCGAUAAUAGUGAUCAACAUAGUGUUGCUCUGGAAAAUAGAGACACAAAGGGAGGAAGAUCUUUGUAACGACUUUUAGAUGUUUGCUGUACUGAAAAACAACUUGUACAUAUCUGUGUAGAUCAACUGUUGUAAAAUGGUAUCAAUGAUUGCAGAUGCCAAGUUCUUCCUCCUCACAAUGUUAAUGUUGCCUGUAUAUACACUGAGUGUACAAAACACCAUCCUAAUAUUGAGUUGAACCCCCUUUUGCACUUAGAACAGCCUCAAUUCAUUGGGUUAUGGACUACAAGGUGUCGAAAGCGUUCCACAGGGAUGCUGGCCGAUGUAGACUCCAAGGCUUGCCACAGUAGUGUCAAGUUGGCUGGAUGUUCUGUGGUGUUGGACCAUUCUUGAUACACACAGGACACUGUUGUCUUGCCCAUUCACCCUCUGAAGGGCACACACACAAUCCAUGUCUCAAUCCAUGUUAAAGCUUAAAAAUCCUUCUUUAACCUGUCUCCCUUCAACUACAAUGAUUGAAGAGGAUUUAACAAGUGAAGUCAAUAAGGGAUCACAGCAUUCACCUGGAUUCACCUGGUCAGUCUAUGACAUGGAAAGAGCAGGUGUUCUUAAUGUUUUUUGCAGCUAGCGUAUUAGCACAUAUACAGUGGGGCAAAAAAGUAUUUAGUCAGCCACCAAUUGUGCAAGUUCUCCCACUUAAAAAGAUGAGAGAGGCCUGUCAUUUUCAUCAUAGGUACACUUCAACUAAAAAACAAUCCAGAAAAUCACAUUGUAGGAUUUUUUAUGAAUUUAUAUGCAAAUUAUGGUGGAAAAUAAGUAUUUGGUCACCUACAAACAAGCAAGAUUUCUGGCUCUCACAGACCUGUAACUUCUUCUUUAAGAGGCUCCUCUCUCCUCCACUCGUUACCUGUAUUAAUGGCACCUGUUUGAACUUGUUAUCAGUAUAAAAGACACCUGUCCACAACCUCAAACAGUCACACUCCAAACUCCACUUUGGCCAAAACCAAAGAGCUGUCAAAGGACACCAGAAACAAAAUUGUAGACCUGCACCAGGCUGGGAAGACUGAACCUACAAUAGGUAAGCAGCUUGGUUUGAAGAAAUCAACUGUGGGAGCAAUUAUUAGGAAAUGGAAGACAUACAAGACCACUGAUAAUCUCCCUCGAUCUGGGGCUCCACGCAAGAUCUCACUCCGUGGGGUCAAAAUGAUCACAAGAACGGUGAGCAAAAAUCCCAGAACCACACGGGGGGACCUAGUGAAUGACCUGCAGAGAGCUGGGACCAAAGUAACAAUGCCUACCAUCAGUAACACACUACGCCGCCAGGGACUCAAAUCCUGCAGUGCCAGACGUGUCCACCUGCUUAAGCCAGUACAUGUCCAGGCCCGUCUGAAGUUUGCUAGAGAGCAUUUGGAUGAUCCAGAAGAAGAUUGGGAGAAUUUCAUAUGGUCAGAUGAAACCAAAAUAGAACUACUUAAUUGUGAGCCACUAUGACACAAAGGAAAUGUUUGUUUUAUGAAGUGUAGUGUCAUGCGAUUAAAGAGUCUAGCUAGUUUGCGGUUCUUUAUCUUCAGUCGGCUGUCAUGCCUUAAGCCGCAGAUGCCUGCACCCCUUACGCUUACUGGAAAUGAUGGUGGAUGAUUGGCCAGGUCUCUCUGUUGCUAAUCAUGAAGAUCUCAUCGGAAACACGUCACAUGUGAGUGUAGGCAGACUUUACUUACCCGCAUCAGUGGAAAGAAAACAUAUUUUUUUUUGCCUUACACUAACUUUGUGUUGCAAGAAUGUAGUGAAAAUAAUGUCUACUGGAUGUAUUUAAAAAAAAUAUAUAUUUUGACAAGAAUAAAGACCUUCUUACGACAUUCAA